UAACGAUGCUGAGUUUCUUUCGACGAACGCUUGGGCGCAGGUCUAUGCGCAAACAUGCUGAGAAGGAACGGCUAAGAGAGGCCCAGCGAGCUGCAACUCACAUCCCUGCUGCUGGAGAUGAGAAAUCCAUAAUUACAUGCCGUGUCUCUUUGCUGGAUGGAACUGAUGUCAGUGUGGACUUGCCGAAAAAAGCCAAAGGACAGCAGCUGUUUGAACAGAUCAUGUACCAUCUGGACCUCAUUGAAAAUGACUAUUUUGGAUUACGAUUCAUGGAUUCUGCACAAGUAGCACACUGGUUGGACAACACAAAGAGUAUUAAAAAACAAGUUAAAAUUGGUCCACCAUACUGUCUACAUCUUCGUGUAAAGUUUUACUCUUCCGAGCCAAACAACCUACGUGAAGAGCUCACCAGAUAUUUAUUUGUUCUUCAGCUAAAACAGGACAUUUUGAGUGGCAAGUUGGAGUGUCCAUUUGAAACAGCUGUGCAGUUGUCAGCUUACAUGUUACAAGCUGAACUUGGUGACUACGACCCUGCUGAACACAUCCCUGAUAUAGUUUCAGAGUUCAGGUUUGUGCCCGAGCAAACUGAAGACAUGGAACUCGCCAUUUUUGAGAAGUGGAAGGAAUACAGGGGGCAAACACCAGCUCAGGCAGAAACAAAUUAUUUGAACAAAGCAAAAUGGCUGGAAAUGUAUGGAGUAGACAUGCAUAUAGUCAAGGCAAGAGAUGGAAAUGAUUACAGCCUCGGACUAACACCCACAGGAGUUCUUGUGUUUGAAGGAGAAACUAAGAUUGGAUUGUUCUUCUGGCCAAAGAUCACUAGGUUGGACUUCAGAAAGAAUAAAUUAACACUAGUGGUGGUUGAAGAUGAUGAACAGGGCAAGGAGCAGGAGCACACUUUCGUCUUUAGGCUGGAUCACCCAAAGGCCUGCAAACAUUUGUGGAAAUGUGCAGUCGAGCAUCAUGCCUUCUUCCGCCUCCGUGGACCCGUCCAAAAAGGUUCCAGUCGGUCAAGCUUCAUUCGGCUGGGGUCAAGGUUCAGAUACAGUGGGAAAACAGAGUACCAGACAACAAAGACCAACAAAGCCAGACGAUCGGCAUCUUUUGAAAGAAGGCCUAGCAAGCGAUACUCAAGGAGAACGCUACAAAUGAGAGGAAACACUCAUAAAUCUGAAGAAACUAGCCUUCCAAAUAAUGUUUUCAGCCAAAAUAAUGGAUCACAGCAAAACUGGAGUGCAAUGCCCGCCCUACCCUCAGUUACAGCAGUUCCUUCUGGGCCAGUCUUAGUUGAAAUAGAAAAUCUCCCACGGAGUCCCGGGACCAGCCAGCAAGACAAGAAAUGUGUCUGAAAUUGGAGGUUUUUCUCUUGAGCUCUUGGUUGCUCUGUCAGUUUCUUCCUUCCCACUGGUGGUGAUUGUAAGGUGGUGAUACUUUAUUUUUUAAAUUCUGUUUUGCCUUAUUGGUAUGAUGGCCUGUCUUGCAUAAGCUCAGUAUAACUGCUGUGCACAUGCUUUUUGGUAACAUUCUUGUGUGUGGUCUUUAGACUCCAGCUCCAAACAGCUCUGACUAUGCUUUAACAGCCUUCUAGCGAUUUAUCAAGGAGUUGCUGCUUCUAAGAAUAUAAGUGGUGUAUUUAGAAAUGUGCACAGCAGUGAUUGUGCUGUGAAUUGCAGAAUUUGGAAAACUUCAAUUUGCUCCCGUUCUCCCUCUAAAAUGGGUGGGGAGCUGUGGACCUCCAGAUGAUGUUAAACUCCAAACCCCAUUACCGCAAACUGUUAGGAGUCAGUGAUCAGGGAUGGUGGGAGUUGCAGUCCAGCAUCAUAUUGCUCGAGAGGUUUUCCCUUUUUUAUACCCAGUACAAUUGCGAAGAAAAGUAAGUGUGUGGUAACUUCAAUUAAGGCUUUUGCCACAUGUAGUUCCCUUCAUUAAUAUUAAUUAAAAUUUCAAAGUGUGUAUAAUCACAUAUAGUAUAUACACAUCUCUUCCACUGAGAGAAAUUGCUAAUUUGGCUUCCCACCACAAGAGCCUGCUGUAAAAUAGGCAUAUAUGAGUCAAUAGGGCGGUCAGAUACAAAAGACAGCAGAGUCCCUGCACUUUUAAUAGCUGUGUAAAAGAAGGAAUUAAUUAUAGCAGGUACAGUUGGUUGCCCUAGAUAUACAUAUGGGCUACACACUCCUAUACCACUGCUAUGUAAAAAAGGACCAUUUUGGAAGUACGGUAGCUGUUACGAGCUACAGAAACCUUAAUAGAUAAGAAAGGGUUGUUUUUCACCAUAGUUCCUGUUCCAUCAACCCCUGGAUAUUAUAGCUUUUCCAUCCAUGUGUUGCAGUGGUCUAUUCCAGACCUUAGUGGCACAAGGAGAACUUUUUAACUGUAGCAGACGUGCAUAUUCGAUAAAACUUGUCACACAACCUGUCUGUUUAUCCUCGCCCUGUGUGCCUAUACUGGCUCUGGGCGCUUGGAGGAAAACAUGGACCAUGUGUUCAGAACUUCAGGUGUAAGUUCGCUUCAGCAGUAGCCCAGUAUGUGAUAUGGGCAGUAUAUUGAUUAGAUCCUACAUCACCUUGGGAUUUUGUGGGGAAAUCUGCAUUCUUCCAUUUCAGAAUUAAAUAUUCAUCAAGCAGCCUACAUUUUUGUUAUUCUGCAUGGUACGGCCCAGUUCACAGAUGAUGUUAAAACAUUAGUUUAAUGCAAACAUUAAAUGCUCAUUUUUGGCUUACUCCUCAUAGUAAGCCACCAGUGAUGGUUCUUGCACAGCACUAAGCCAACAUCUGGUUUUGUUUAAUGGUGGAACAGCACAGCAGCAGUGGGAGAGGAGUAAAAUGGACACUCAUGAAAAUCCUGCCCCAGUAUGCUGCUUGUUCACAUUAAACAGGUGUUUGUUUCUAACUAUGAUUUAAUGUUAUACAUGAACUCGGCAUGUAUGUAUGCAUUUUAACAGGUUGUGCUGCUAUUCUCAGGGGUCAGGGGAAGGGGAAGCAGUAAAGAAUUGUUUGGAGCUGUAUGGUCAGUCAAGUGUGUUGCGUUCAGUCUGAAGUUUGGAAUGAGAUUAAGCUGGAUGCAUUGAUGGAAUGUGUGUCUCUGCUUGGAGGAGAGCGACUUGAAUGUCUCGAUGCUGCCUAUGGGGCUUUCCUGCAUCAACCUCUUAUCCCUUUUAAUUGGUCUGGUCCCACAGCUUGGCUUUGGUCUUGCUCCUUUCACUUCAUCAGCCUUCUUUAGAGAAUUUUUAUUUAAGCUCAAAAUUGUUAGAACUAUGGUGCAUUGAACUUCUUAAUUUGGUAAAGGAUCUGAACAUUUUUAAAGGAAUGGUUCUUUGCAUGUAUGGAAAUGUGGCUGUGUUUCAUUAUGUCAUUUUGAGACAUAAUUUGAGCUGCAGUGCUGACAGUGCCACUCAAAAGGAUAAGCAAUGCAACACCAUUCAGAGAGCUAACUAUGAGUUCACAUUUUUUAUUGUGGAGGUUCCUAAUCUAUUGAUUGUGAAGACAAGGAUAUUCAGUGUAAACUCCAAAGUUAGGUUUGCACUUAGGUUUUACAGGAUUGUCAAGGUUAAUUCCUGAUCAUAAGGUACUAUUGAAAUCUUGCUCUGUGUUUAAGGGGCGAAUGAGCAGCCUGUGUCUUCUCAAAUUCACAUUCAAUUUUAAACAUGUUUGUUGCUGCCUUGAUAGUGGAACAGAGCAGAUGUGGGGCUAGGAUGUCAGGUGCUGGUGAUCCAUCUUCAGGGAUUACCAGCUCCCAUGAGAACAAAGAAUAGGGCCAUCUUGAGCAGACCUGCCCAGAUGUUCCAAGUUCCACUCCUACCCUCCAUUAGGCUAAUAGAUAUUAGUCUAGGCUAACAGUGUGAACACCUGUAGGGCCUUAUGUAGCUGUACAUGCAAAGACUUCCACAAACUCUGGAACCCUGAAAUUUAUUGCUGGCAGCCAUUAUGAUGAGCUGUUCAUAAAAUAAAGGUGGUGUUUGAAUUCAUACGGCAAUGAACCAGAUACUCAACAUAAGAAACAGGAGUUGAUUUGAUUUGAAAUUGCUUCUAAAGAAGGCUUCUUUGCAAUAGGCUUGGUAUCUUGCAUGCUUUUCAAAUCUCCUUUACUCUGAUGUGCAUAUUCUUCCUGCGAUGCUGCUUGAUUGCAUAGUGAUGCGAUUUUAGUGGAACAUUACAACAGACAGAACUGUCAUACUGUAUUUUCCAAAAUGGAUAAGUUGAUCAGUAGCGGUCUCACAACCAUACUGAUAGGCUUUCCCCCAGUCUUCAUUGGAUAGUUGUUGUACUGUCAGUAGAACUACAGGCUUUAGGGCACAAGCUUUGAAUAUGGUUAAAUAUUCAGCACACACAUAUACAUGUGUACACCCACACACUCCAGAAACCAGCCAAAGACUAUCAGAUACUCAAACUAUCUAAGAAAAAAGCCCUGAGAAAACUCCCCUCGUGUAUACAGUAGCACCAAAAGUGGCAUGGUACUGUUGAAAAUAAUAGUUAUGACUGUUACUAAUUAUUAGAUUGAAGGAUUUAAGAAUUCUAAAAGUCUUGUUCAGUUGAGUUGCCUUCCUUAGCUGGCUUUGGCAGCAACACUCAAUUCAAUCAAGUGUUCUGAUCAAAUUUAGUAGGAGUAAGUGUGGGAGACAGGAAGCCAAGCAAAGGUUUUUACUAAUCUCCUGCAUUCUUAGGCAGUUUCCUGGUCAAAACCCCCACAGGCAUUAUAGUUAUCUUUUGCUGUCAUCCAAAAUGGGCAUUCCUAAGUUUUCUUUGAACACACUAAGCUUUUGGGAAGUGCUUCAUUCCAUUUUAAAAUCAGUUGUUAUGCCAAUAGGUAGGUGUAGAAGUUCAGAUCUAUAGAUGCAUUAAUACAGUUAAUUUUAAAAUACUUAUUAUUAGGAAAUUUGGAAUUCAGAACAUAAAAGAAUGUGAUUCUGAAUCCAGCUAAAAAGCAAACUUCCUUGAUGUGUAAUAUUAAGGAACCAAGUGUCCAAGAUAUCUUCAAUAUGGAGCAACUCCAGCUAUGCUCAUAGGCAUUAAUUAGCAGUAGAGCGGAGGAGAAAAAACUAGCCCUUCCUCUUUCUGAAGCGCUAAAGAUUUUCUGUCAUAACAAGAUGGUUUUCCAAGACCAUGCACUAAUCAGAACUGGGCAAGUCCAGGACAGCUUCAUUCAUUAACACACUGUGUCUGUGUUAAUGUUGAAAAUUGCGCAUAUCUAAGAAGAUUGAUUUUACAAUUUCCUAAAAUGAAAUUUGGGUACAGAAAAAAUGGCAGAAACCAUGCCAAGCAAGCAGGAUCCAGAUCAGUUAAUUCUGAAUAACAUGUGCAUGAAAUACUCUUGUUUUCCCUGGCCAUGUUCGCAUGCCAUGUUAAACCAUGGUUUAAGCAUUAUGUGGAUAAGCCUUCCUGAGCUCAGAGCGUCAGGCUUCUGCAUUUUCCCCCUCCCCUCACUUGUGCAGCAAGGAUGAGGACUUCUUCUGUGUUAUCUUUGCUGCUUACCAUUGCAUAUGAACCAGAGGUCCUGGUUUAAAACAAACAAUACAGUAAUUAGUUACACACGCAAACUUCAUAAUCCAUGGUUUGAAGUUGACUUGUUCAGAAACUAGUCAUGCGAACUGGGCCACAGUGUUUAUGGUGAGCUUCUUUAUCAUUCUUCUUUGCUUCAGACUCAAAAACUAUUUUCUGAUACGUCAAAGUAGUUCUCCUGUUAAGAAUAGUAUGUUUGUCCUAAAUGUUUAACAGUGUCAUUUAAAUCCUUUAUCGCUGCUGUGCCUAUCAGGUAUUUUGCUUAAAGAAGGAAUAUAGUGUUAAGCCUGCACAUUUAGGCAAAUCUAUAGCCAUUCAUAUUAUAGUAAGCCAUGAUAAGCCAGUGGGCUGGAUAGGUAUCUGCAUUCAUUUCUAAUUUCAUUUUCUGAAUGGAGUAGAUGCCAUGUGAAAAAGUGGGGGAGUAUUCAAAUUAACUGUUGCAUUGGUCACCCUGAAACCAGCAUGACGUCAUAGCAGCCGUGGAGGGUUUGACUUGACAGUCCACAGUUCCAUUUCAUUAAACCACGCAUUGUGCUUGCCACUAAACAAGUUUGUUCUUGCUAGUCUGCCACUUCCUCAGCUACCUCUUGCUCCUUCCAUUCUCUCUCCUCAUUUGUGUCUAGAUACUAACUGUGCCUCAUCCCAUUCCCCAAACCA